GCGGACGUAUAUUGUCUAGAAUAGGGAGUGAAUGGCCACUUCCUAAUGGCUGACGUCUGGAGUUAAAGUAAAGAGUGGGUGUAGAAAUUGUUGAAUUUCUUCGCCGGAAAUCGCCCAGUCGGCUCAGUUUUCAGGCUGAAUUUUCCCAGAAAAGCACUGCAGCCGUCGGCCUCGACUUUUUCCUGCUGACUCUUUGUUAAAGUCUAGAAAAGCCAUGACGUCUAUGCUUCCUUUUACCCCUCCGAUCGUCAAGCGGCUCCUGGGAUGGAAGAAGGGGGAAGGGGAAGACAAGUGGUCCGAAAAAGCCGUGAAAAGUUUAGUCAAGAAACUCAAGAAGACGUGCGGGCUAGAAGAACUUGAGAAGUCCAUCACACAACAGGAUCCCAACACGAAAUGCGUGACGAUUCCGAGGUCCCUGGACGGUCGGCUGCAGGUGUCCCACAGAAAAGGUCUUCCCCACGUGAUCUACUGCCGGCUGUGGAGGUGGCCGGACUUGCAGAGCCACCAUGAGCUGCGAGCGCUCGAGACCUGCGAGUACGCCUUCAGUCUGAAACGGGAGGAGGUCUGCGUCAACCCCUACCACUACCAGAGAGUCGAGACACCCGCAUUACCUCCAGUUCUGGUGCCCCGAAACCCCCUGGGAGACCUCCUGGCAGAACUAGCCCUUGAUGGAAGCUAUCCGACGCCAGCGCUGCCGCCAGUGCUGGUACCGAGGAAUCCGCCUGGGGAGAUGCCCACAGAACUCCCCCCGCUGGACGACUAUCUGAACUCUGUACCUGAGAACACCAGCUACCCACAGGACGUCCCUACACAGAACUACUCACUACCAGAGACCCCUCCGCCUGGCUACAUGAGUGAGGAUGGAGACACAAACGACCAGUCCCAGCACAACAGCAUGGUCACUGACUCAGGCUCGGAGAUGUCUCCCAGUCCUAACCCUAUACCCAGCCAAGACUUACAGCCAGUUACGUACACAGAGCCGACGUUCUGGUGUUCAAUCGCAUACUACGAGAUGAACACGAGAGUCGGGGAGACGUUCCACGCUUCGCAGCCCUCGCUGACGGUGGACGGCUUCACCGACCCGUCCAACUCGGAGAGGUUCUGUCUAGGCCUGCUGUCCAACGUCAACAGGAACCACGUCAUAGAACAGACCCGGAGACAUAUAGGUAAAGGUGUUCGUCUGUACUACAUCGGAGGCGAGGUUUUUGCGGAGUGUCUGAGUGAGAGCAGUGUGUUUGUACAGAGCCCCAACUGUAACCAGCGGUACGGCUGGCAUCCUGCAACUGUCUGCAAAAUACCACCAGGUUGUAACCUGAAGAUAUUCAACAAUCAGGAGUUUGCCCAGCUCCUGUCCCAGUCGGUGAGCCAAGGUUUCGAGGCGGUGUACCAGCUCACUCGCAUGUGCACCAUCCGCAUGAGCUUUGUGAAAGGCUGGGGUGCGGAGUACCGCCGUCAAACGGUCACCUCCACGCCAUGUUGGAUCGAACUCCACCUGAACGGCCCCCUGCAGUGGCUGGAUAAGGUUUUGACGCAGAUGGGCUCGCCCCGCGUACCGUGUUCGAGUAUGUCGUAAUGCCGCGCCGCGUACGUACGCGCGCUUUGUACAGCCAUAAGCCGAGAGCAUUGAUUGGUGCUUGGAGAGUAAGGCCACGCCAAUUAAAUUUGUUGGUUCUAAG